AUGUUGCCCUCAUCGGUGCGGCGCGUGGCCUCGGCGGCGGCUCAGCAAUCACCGCUCAUCUCGACCUUGGCCGCCGGUGCCUCGAGGCCGAUAGCCACCUACACCCUCGCCUCCCGACCCAUCAAGCACCAGCGGAGAUGCUCCUCGUCAAAACCUUCGAGCUCGGACAACGGCCCCAAGGACCUGCCCGCGGGCCAGUCCGUCCCGGCCUCGACCCAGUCGGCAAAGUCUUCGGGCGAGAAGCGCAAGAGGAAAUCCAAGUCCUCGCAGGCCUCGGCGCAAAAGCUCCCCAGCGUGCCCAGCACUCAGCACCUGCCCCUAGAAUCGGCUCCUUUCCCUUCAACAGCCCUGGCUCUGUCUAGUUUCUUCUCCCAGCAUCGGCCCAUCUCCAUCACCCACAGCCUGCCCAAGACGAUCAGCGACGAUGCAUUCGCCUCAAUAUUUGCGCCCCGCACCAAGGCCCAGAAGAGUUCGGAGGUGAUGAGCACGCUCUCCAAAGCCGUCGACGAGCUCGAGGCGCCCUUCUCCAACCUCGGCCUCGGCGCCGCCCAACAGGCAGACGGCGCCGAGCUGGGCGAGGACAACGUGCACAAGAUCGAGCUCAAGCACCCCGACGGCACCGAGUCGAGCCUCUACGUCCAGCUCAACGCCAUGGCGGGCCAGUUCCUGCCCUUCCAGCCCCCGCCGGCGCCCCAAGCCGACGCCGCCGAGACCGGAGGAGCCGCGGCGCUCGCCGCCGCCGCCGCCGAGGCGGCCGAGGAGGACGUCGACCGCGAGCACCAUCGCGUGUACAAGGCGAUCCUCACGAUCGAGGAGCAGACCGACGCCCACGGCCAGAUUAAGAUUGUGGCCCACAGCCCGCAGCUCAUCGAGGAGCCCGCCCCGCCCCGGACCUUCCUGGAGCGCAUGGCCGUGCGCCACCUGCGGUUCGAGGACGCGCUCCGGUGGCGCGAGAGGCAGAUGGAGCGGGAGCGGGAGGACGGCGGCGGCCCGGGCAUGCUCGCCAUCAGCGUGCGGCGGCAGAAGAAGCUCAAGAUGAAGAAGAAGAAGUACAAGAAGCUGAUGAAGAGGACGAGGAACCUGCGCCGCAAGCUCAUGAAGUAG